AUGUUCACUCUUAAAGCCCAUAACCUGAUUCAAAUCACUCCAAUCAUCGCUGACACCUGCAAUCGUCAUGUUUGUCGAAACGGCGCCGGUUGCCUCAUCCUCGACAACAGAGCACAGUGUCUCUGUCCAGAAAACUACGUGGGACUUCAAUGUAACCGAGUUGCUAUGAUCUUCCAACUGGACUUACAUCUUCAUAGCGAGAGCCACGUGGUUACUUGGUUUGACGAAACGCAGACCCAGGGUAAUUAUCAAGGUGGAAAGGACGCCAACGUUGUCUGCAAUGGGCUUCGAGGUUACAUCAAGAACGGUGUCUCGAAGGACAUCGCAGUGGCCUGGGCCGGUUGCAGACUACACCACGUACAUCGCUUUGACACGGAGAGGCGGGAGGGCGGGGAGCAGGCAAGUACUUCUGGCAUGAACAUGCAGGCUCAUGUGCUCUUCGAUUCAGGCGAGGAUGGACACUACUUCAGC